AUGAAUAAUCGAGAUUUUUUACUACAAAGCGAAGCAUUUAGCCUUGAUGAAAUUUAUGGAAGUGAUGUAAAUGACGAACAAAAUAGAUUAAUAAUUGAAUUUAUGAAAAAUAUGGAAAAAGAGCGGAGCUUAUUACCAAGCACUGUUGUAGCAAAGGAUAUAAAAACAGAUGAAAAUAAAAAUAAUAAUAAUAAGCCUCAUAGCAUAUAUAAUAUUAUAGACAUGUAUACAGAAAAUGGCGAAUUAAAAGAAACUCAUUUUAUUAAGGGAUAUAAUAUAAAAUGGAAAAAUGCAGUUGUACAAUGCUUAAAUAACUUAAGAAAUUAUAUUCAUAAAAAAUAUAAUAGAAGAAUAAUUAACUCGUCAAAGUAUUUAACAACAAAUUGCCCUAUAUUAGAAUGUUUGCAAAAAAAUGAAAAUUUAAUUUCCAUUUUUUUAUCAAAACCGUUAUGUAUUCAUUUAUAUAUAUACGGUAUUAAUUAUUUACAAAUAAUUUAUUAUAUUGACUUAAUUACUCAAUAUAUAAAUUUAGAAAAUGAGAAAAAUUUGUGUUUAUUCUUAUGGCUAACUUAUUUACUUAUUUUAUUAGAUUCAUUACAAGCAUUAGAUAUGGAUGUAGCUUCAAACCUCCAAGUAAUUAAAAGAUUUUGUUUAAACAAAAUCGAAAAUACAGAUUUACCUAUAACGUAUGAAAAUAAUAAAUCUAAUCUUUUAAAUUUUUUUACAAAUUUUACUUGUAAAUCAAAUGAGAAAAAUUAUACGGAUUCAUAUAAUUCUCCCUGCGCAAUUUUCUUUAUUAUUUAUUUGCUAAUUACCGAAAUACUUAGUCAAAAAUGA